AGUUGCUAUUUGCAUGUAGCACUCGGUAGCAGUGAGGAAUUCAGCCCGUCUGGAGUAAAUUUGUCCAUUUUAACGGGUUAAAAUGAAUCCAUUUAAUAAACGACUGAAAGUGGGGUUGAAAAUUCCAGUCACCCAGAAGCUGUUGAAAGGAAAUAUUCUUACUGAUGAGCUGGUCAGAAUCUCCAGUCUGGACCAGGAAGACCAACAUGACAACAGGUGUCACAACAAUGCAAAUAUCUUAAAACCUAUAAGUGAUGACUCUGAAAAAAUCUUCAAAUAUUGUCACUCUGGAUGUAGUGAAUCAUCACAGGAACGUGAGAAACCAGGAAGUAGUUUUGAUAAUGAGGCAAAAACCGAUUCCAAGAGGAACAAAGGUGUUCCAGGUAAAUUUUGUAGCCAGGUAAUGUCACAGCAGCCACGUGUAAACGGUCAAAUUAAAGAAGUCAGUGCUUCAGGAAGUCGUGCAGAUAUGAAACGAUUCAACUGUUUUUUCUGUGGAUCAGAAUUUUCAACAGGAGGACUUCUGACACGACACCUGUCUGACCACACAGGAGAGCAGCUGCUCAGCUGUGUUAUCUGUAAGAAUCCAUUCACUUCUGAGUUUGAGCUCAAAAGUCACUUGUGCUCUAGUGAGUCUCCUCAGGAUCGAGAGCUGCUAAAGUGCUCUCAGUGUGAUGAAAGAUUUUCAAAAUCUGAAGACUUAAAUCUUCAUCUGAGAAUUCACACAAAGGGAAGCUUGUUCAGCUGUUCGGUUUGCAGCACCAGUUGUAGCGACAAAGAGACGUUAAUUCAGCACAUGAGGAUCCACACCAGACAAACACAGUUUACCUGCCAUGUUUGUGGGAAGGACUUUGCAUGGAGGAGACACCUGACCAAACACAUGGAAGUCCAUAUGAAAAGGAAAAAGGUUUUCCGCUGCAGACCUUGUGGUGCUGAAUUUUCCACUUAUUAUCUUUUGACUAAACAUAAAGUUGUUCAUCAGUUAUUGGAGCUUUCUCGGGGCCAGACUGAGGAGAAUAGGGAGGAGAAUGAACACAUGGAAUCAUCAGCUGAUGGAGAUGAUUUUGAAGGGUUAGAGCCAACCAAACAUCCAAAUACUGAAGCAGAUAGUCAAGAGAGAAGUGUGGAGGCUUCAGCGUGCUUCAAAGCUGAAGAAGGUGAUUUGUGGACAGAGUCCACAAAACCUGAGGAAGCUAAGGAAGACUUAGAAUUUUUUACAGUCAAAGAGAAUCAGGAACCAGUUUUUAAUAAAGAAGAGGUGAAGCUUGAAGAUCUGAACCCUCCACAGAUAAAAGAAGAAGAGGAGGAGGCUGAGAUCACCAAGUUUCCAUUCAGUUCUGUCCUGGUGAAAACUGAAGAAGAUGAGGAGAAACCUCAGUCGUUACAGCCUCAUCACUGUCACAACGAAGAGAGUAAAAACUCUUUCGGAGGGGCAGAUCCAGAGGAAAACGAAAAGAUGUUUUCUGACCCAGACACCGAUGACAGCGACUUUUGGAAACCAAAUGGGAAACAUCGGUCAGGUUCUAACUCUGAAAGUGAUUCUGGAAGGAAUAAGGCCGCUGCUUCCCUCCAGCCUGAGAGCGACGACAGCGUUGACAGCGACUUUUGGAAAGAAAGCAGGAAGCCGCAAUCAAAUGUGAAAUCAUCAGGACAAGAAGCAACAGAAAUUGGAGCAAAAUACGCAACUGUUUUAAAACCUUAUGGCUGCACUCAAUGUAAUAAAGUGUUUCGCUACAGUUCGUAUUUGAAGAUUCACAUGAAACAGCACACAGAAAGAUAUUUUUGUUCGGUUUGUGGUCAUAGAUCAAUUUAUAGUUCAAAUCUGAAAGUUCACAUGAGAAUUCACACAGGCGAGAAGCCGUUCAGCUGCUCGUUUUGUCCGAAAAAGUUUUCAAACAAGGCAAGCAUGCAGUCUCACAUGUCUGUCCACUACGCAGAGAGGAAGUACAGCUGCGACGAGUGUAAGAAAUGCUUCGGCUGGUACACGGAGCUGAAGUACCACCGGUGUGUGGGUGGUUCCUCUCAUGAACAAACAUACGAGGAAGAUGCAGACAUAAAUCUGAAACGCCACAUCCUUUACAGCUGAAAACUUUCAUCUGCGGAAGUUAGAUGAAUGAGUGUCUUUGGUUUUGAUUGUGGCACAUAUUAACUGUGGCUUGGUUUCGGUGAGCUUCAUCAAUGUCUUUAAAUUAUUUUGCGCCACGAUCUUAUAGGGAUGGUGGGGUGGAGUGGGGGGGUAUGCGGUAUAUGAAUCUCUGUGGGGUUAAGGUCUGGACUCUGUUGAUCAAUCCAUGUGUGAAAAUUAUGUCUUCAUGAACUUUUUACAAUUUGAGCCUAAUGGCAUUUUACUUUAUUUACUUAAUUUAAAUUCAGGUGGGGACUUUUUUUUCCUGAAACAAGGAGAGUAAUAAAACUCAUGAAACCUACUGACUGCUUCUGUCCAGAACAUGUUUCCAACUGAUGUAUAUUCAAUAUUUGGUUCUGUGACAUUGACUGCAAUAUUAAGCAACAAUUACAAAAAGCUGCUUGGUAGCAUUUGCGUCUUUUUUUUUUUUUACUUUGAGAAAUCCUAAAAGGUCACUGAGGUCAGGCUGAUGUCAGACCUUCCCAUCACUUAAGACUUUAAAAAACUUUUUUUUUUCUUUUAAUUUUAGUUUGAUAUUGUACUCAUCUUAUUUGUAUAUUUUUAUGGUUUUGUUCAUGGUCCUGUUUAUUUUAUGUCCUUUGCACUUUUGUUAGCCUGUUUAUAAUUGUGCUCAUGAUUGUAAACCAAGUAAGCUAUAAUAAAUAAUUACAUGAAAAUCAAACCAUAAUUAAG